UAUAUCAAAAUACACCCACAGGAGAGAUUUCCUGCUGCCCUUGAUCCCAGGAAGGGCAGCUUCAGAGAGUACUUCUGACCGUCUUCAUGCCGUUUUGCCCCCUUUAGGAGAUAAAACCCAGACCAGCCUCGAGAAACAAAUCUACAGCGCCUUUCAGAACCAGAGAGACCCGCCCGCCAGUGGAAAGACCCAUGGAGACAGAAGUGUUUCUGACCCUCCUGAGUGGCACCAGCGGGCACGUGCCCAGGCUGUGCCGAGCCGGCCUGGCCCUCCUUGCUGCGGUCCGGCUCGGAUCCCUGGCCCUGGGUGCGAGAACCCUUUGGCGGGACGAGGCAGGGGACCUGCGCUGCGACACCGGCGCCCGGGGCUGCCUCUUGGCCUGCUUUGACGCCGCCUUCCCGGUCUCCCCCUUCAACCUCUUCCUGCUGCAGAUGGCCAGCCUCUUGACCCACGGCACGGCCUGCUCCUGCGUUUUCUGCCCGCCCAGCUGCCAGGGGAAGAGCAGCUGGAGGCCGGGCCCAGGACAUGGCAAGAGGUGGCUGCAACAGUUGAAUUGGCUCAGCCUCCUGGCCAAGGCGGCCCUGGAAGGGAUCUUCCUGGUGGCUUUCCAUGGACUCUACGCUCGCUACCCGUCACAACUCCACUGCCCUCCAUCCACCUCCUGUCCUGACGGUGUUCUGUGCACCAUCCAGCAAGCGAACUGGAAAGAUGCAUUCAACCUCUUCGUAGCUGGGGCUUCCUGGGCCUCCGUUGCACUGUGCCUCCCCGGGUUGUACACAGCGGCAUCCGAAACCUUUCACUGUGCACUGGGCCCAGGGAAGAGUCAACUGGAACGGCCCCUCCUCAUCCCAGAUAUUUGACACCUCCCAUCCGGCCAGCACCGACCAGAUGUCUGAAGGAGCGUCUCCACUCCCACCGUUCAGCCCGGACACUGAGGUCCAGCUCCAAGGGCCUUCUGGCGGUUCCCUCCCUGCGAGAAGUGAGGUUACAGGGAACCAGGCGGAGGGCCUUUUCCGUGGUGGCCCCCUCCUUGUGGAACGCCCUCCCAUCAGAGGUCAAGGAAACGAACAACGAUCUGACUUUUAGAAGACAUCUGAAGGCAGCCCUGUUUAGGGAAGUUUUUAAUGUUUGACGUUUUAUUCUGUUUUUAAUCUGUUUAGAGGCUUUCCAGAGUGGCUGGGCAAACCCAGCCGGAUGGGC